AUGUAUGCGCGUAAAGAGAUACCGACCAUUUUACCGGAUGCUGUUUUGCGAUGUCGAAAAAUUCAUGCAGCAUCGCUUCUUGAAAUUGAACAAUUGGAACGUAUGAAACAUCGACGUGUCAAUAAUAUUGCGUGGCAACAGCAAUCAUUUCAGAAAUGUUUAAACGAAAAACAUGUUAAAUGGAAAGCACACGAUAGAGCAUUUCGUCUAAAAUUAAAACGAGAUUUAACCAUACCAUUGGCUACUGCACGAGGUAUUCGAUUUUUGAAAACAUCAGACACUAAUGAUGAUAUAUCGAAAUUUUCAAAGACAUUGUCACCAGAUGAUAUCGACGACACGAUUCUGAUUGAAAGAUUGGCUAAAUCGAACAGUGCUAAUCCAAAAAUUUUAAAUACAGGCUCAAAAUCCGUCCAGAUGUCGAACACAGCUACUCCUAUGUUUAGUAGUACACCACACACAAAUUUAAAAGGUCGCUUUGCUAAUUCUCAGUCAGCCGGCGUCAUUCCUCGAAAUAAACGCUUACCAAGUAUCUCAACAACCACACGUACAUUAUUACCUAAUCGUCUAAAGUUAUCAAAACAUCGAAAUAAAGCGAGUCGAUUUGAAAAUUUAUCUGGCACAGAUCAGACAGAAGACGAUAUUGAUUUUGGUACUUUAUUAAUGCGCAUUUUAAAUCAUAUCGCAGCCACACCCGAUUUAAAACAACGAUUGGAUCAUCCAGUAAUACGAGCAAUUCGAGCAAGGGAUAGAAAAACAGCGAGAACUCAAGAUGAACGAUUUUCUCAUUUAAUGCAGACUUUAGCAACAGCCACCACUGAAGAUGCAAAUAAUAAUGCUGAUAGUGAUUCAGAUAAUUGA